CGCUCUCCUUUUUCGCCUCCCUUCUGUCCUGGCGGAAACGCAAGCCCUGAAAGAGAGGUUCCGGACUCGGCCUGGGCUGGGGGAGGCUGAAUGGAGACCCCGGGCGAGGACGCGGGACUGACCCGCCGCCCGAUGCUGGCCUCUUCCUGGGAUGCGGCCCGCGGAGUCCUGGCCCACAGCCUCCGUCUGACCCGGGCUGACCUCGGCGCCCGGGACUUGGACCGGGAGGAACCGCUGACGCCGCCUGCCGCGGGCCGCGAGCCGGUGGUUUUGAAGAGCGGCCCGAGCGGCCCCGGGGAGCAGCCCUGCUUCCUUCACCUGAGCUGCGAGCCCGGCGGGGGCGAGGAGGUCGUGGCCGUCGGCCUUCUGAGUUCGGCCCGGAACAUGGAGGUGUACGUGGGAGAGGAGUACUGCGGCACCAGCCGGGGCAAGGCCGUGUGCGGCGACCCGGGCGACAGUGAGCACAAAAUUAUUUUCUACAAAAAGUACUUAAAAUUGGAGUCUUCCAGUCAUGCUUGUAAAAUAAAGUUGCUCUCCUUUGGUGAAAAGCAGCAUGUGUUCAUCAGUAAAAUUGUGGUACAGCUGAGGCGGGUUUCAGCAAAUUCUUCAACAAGCUCUCCUGCUCUAGGAUCAAGGAUAGACCUGCAGAGGGUCCAAACUCUCAUGGAGGCCAUGGGGUCCAAGUUGUCACCUGGUGCUCAGCAGUUGAUGAAUAUGGUUAAAUUUCAGCAGCAGAACUGUGUUCCCUUGGGAGAGCAGCUUCAGGCGGUUUUGGGAAAUACUGGCUACAGACGAGUGGCGGACCUGCAGUCCUCAGCUGCUUCGGGAGCCUCCGACAAGUCCCCCUCCACGCCUUUCCCUUUCAGAACCGGACUGACGUCUGGAGCCCUGACGGAAGACUUAAACACUUGUGUCGAUAAAAGUCCGCAGCCACCGGAUGGAGGAAACACUACACACCUCAAAGACUAUAACAUCGUGCCGCCAAACCAUUCCCUUCUGGAGAAUGACCUCAGAAAUGCAGUUUCUUCUUUCCUGCCGAAGAAAGCAAGUGACAUCUCAAACAUACCUAACUCUGAGUUGCUGCCUUUUCUCCAGAAUUUAUGUAGUCAGGUUAACCAUCUCCGCGUGGGACAUAGCGCCAAGUGGCAGGAAGGCAUCACUAAGGCCGGGGAAGGCGUUGUUGGUGUUGCAACGGGAGAGCAACCCGUGUGCUCCUACUUGGAAAAGAUUCUUACUAAAAAUAUGGAACUGCUGGAAAAGAAGCUUGUGGACUCCAUGGAUCAGCGAAUACGUCAACUCCAGGAGCACGUGGACAGGAAGAUGGCUGUGUUGAUGGACCUGCUGCAGAAUCCCCCGUCCCCACCCCCCGGCACGGCCCUGACACAGUGUGACUCUGGAGAAAGACUUUCCAAUGGAGAGAGAUAAGUGCUCAACCUGUAGGAUGUGCUACAGAUAUUUAUUACGUAUUUAUGGUAAAGCCUAACCCCCCAAAGUUCAAGGCAGUGAUUUAAUGUCAUUUGAGGGCAUCAUCUUACGUACAUCGAGUGACCUCAGUGUUCAUUUUAAUGUACGUGUUACUGUCUGUCCAGGUCUGUGCACGAGGAUUAACCUGAUAGGGUCAUCCGUUAUUUUUGUUUGCAAUAUUGUUUACUUUUAUUUUUUACUUGUAUUUAUUUUUAUUUUUGUUUAGUGCUUAAACUUAAGGAUUUCUAAUUUAAUUCAUGAGUCUAUAUUGUAUAUGUGUUUACCAUUUUAAUUUAUAUAAAGGGCUUAUGUUUUAGGGGUGUGAAAAAAAUAUAGUAUUUGGUUUCUUUUUCUCUUUCUAAUUGAUUGUUUUUGGGAACCCUAGAUAGAGUACUUCAGCGUUGUAACCUUUUAAUUUCCAGUCACCAAAUUAUGUUUUAUGUUGUUUAUUUCAGAUAAAAAAAUUAGAUGUGGUAUUUCUGUAACAUUAGUAUACUUAACAUUUUAUAUGUAUCAGAAAUUUAGAGGUACUGAUUUUCUUAUAUUUAUAAACUGCUGUGCAUAAAUCUGUUUAUUGCUUUAUUAUUAUUUCCUAAGAAAAUACUGCCUGAAUUUGCUCAGCAGAAGCAGCAGACUACGGUACUUAAAAACUCUCUGUUCAAAGUCUUUUUUCUUGUAAGUUUCCUGCACACGUAAUAAGCCAGUAAGUAAGAGCUUAGUAUGGAGUAAGAGCUAGCCACUGCACCUUCACGGGUAAACACCAGAGUUUGAAGUAGCUGCAAGGGAUGUGUGAUGAUCAAGAAAUUGAAUCAAGAUCCAGGUUAUAUAUAUUAAUUUCCAUAUUUUUAGCACUUUGGGUGUUAUUACAUCUCCCUGUUUCCCGCGGGGGCGUGCUGAGGUUUCCAUCCUACUUCGCACCACUGGGUUGUCAGUGCUCUGGGUGCCGGGCAGUGCAUGCUGCUGCCCUAGGACUCCUCUUAUACUGUGGCCACAAGACUGUCAUUGGAGGCUCUUCCUCAUUGGCCCCAACCCCGCUUUCCAGCCUCAUCCACACUCCACGUGACCUGCUACGCCAGCCUGUCCUUUCUUCCCGCAGCUCCUCGGACUGUCGGUCUCAGCAGACAGGAGUCCUCCUGCCGUGCUUCUCACCUCUCCCUACCCUACACUCUCUUUCCAAGUCAGCUCAGAUGUAGCCGACACGAACCCACGUUUGGUCCCUCUCUGCCCCGGUCGGGAAGCAAGCAGCUGGACAAGAGAAAGGCCACACCGAAGGCUCUCUUUUGGGGGACGUAAAACAGUGGAGGUCAGCUAAAGCACAGGAGGCACAUCAGGUAGUGGCCAGAGACCUCCAAAGGCACCUGCUGCUCUUUUCAUCGCCGGCAGUAAUCAAGCCACAGUCACUGAUCUCACAGCCCCCACCGCUGGGUCCUACCCCAGCUUCCAGUGCUAUGACGAUUGUAGCUCGGAUGCCAGCUCUGAACUCCUGCCACUGUGCUUCUGUGACGUAACCCCGGUUCUCUGACUUGGGUGGGCACAAGGAUCUUCACGCGCAGUCCUUCCUUUCCCAGUAGAGUUUAUUUUUCAAGUCAAGUUCAAAUAGUGCUUUUAUCCUAUAUACUCUGUAACAUUAUUGUUUAUGUACUUUCAAAUAAAUGUGCACUACUGAAA